CCUUUUUUUUCUUUCAGAUUUUUGUUAUUUACAGUGUUUCUUGUUAUUCAGAUUUUUAUGUUUGUUGUACAUCACUAUGUCAAAAAAGCUGUAGUCCCUAUACAGCUAUCUCCAAAUUUAUAUUUUCUUAAGACCAAUGAAACAUAUGACAAGUACAAAACUAGUCUCCUCAUUCAAAACUCUACUGGCUCAAACAUAGAUGACUUAAUUAGUGCUCUUAGAAACCAGAAUAUACUGACAGAGAUACGCAGUGACAGUGAUUAUGAAUCAGCAGAUUUCCACAGUUCAUCAUUAAACAACAGUGGAUAUGUGUCAUUUGCCCCACAUGCUGCAGCAUUAAAUGUAUUUAAAGUAGACAAGAAUUAUAUCUUUACUGCUGCUUUUAAUCGCACCAUGAUACAUUCUUUACCUGUUAUGAUGAAUAUUAUUAGCAACUUCUAUCUAUACAGUUCAAACAUAACUGAAAAGAUCCAAGUUUGGAGUAAUCCUUUUUUUCAAGAAAUCACUGACACAGUUUUCACUCUUGUGCUGUAUUUUGAAGCUGUCUUACUAGGAGUUCUUGUCACUGGAAUGCCAUCAUAUUUUGCCAUGGAGAAUGCAGAAAACCACAAGAUCAGAGCAUACACCCAACUCAAAAUCUCUGGACUUUAUCCUUCUGCUUAUUGGUGUGGACAAGCACUAAUUGAUAUCCCAUUGUUUUACAUCAUUCUUCUUCUUAUGAUAGGAAGUUUAUUUGUAUUUCAUCAUGGAAUUUAUUUUUUUCCUGAAAAGUUUCUUGCUGUGGUUUUUUGCCUUAUUGGCUACGUACCAUCGGUUAUUAUGUUUAAUUAUAUUGUCUCCUUCAGCUUUAAUGCCAUACAAAAUACCAAAGAAUUUUGGUCAUUUAUUUUUUCAGUGGCCGCUUUAGUUUGUUCUGUUGUCAUCGAAGUAGCCUUCUUUAUGUGGUAUUAUACAACAGCCGCUGUUCUUCAUGCUUGUUUUUCUAUUUUUGUUCCCAUCUAUCCUCUUAUUGGGUGUCUCAUUUCUUUUAUAAAGAUAGUGCGGAAACUUGAUAACAAGAUGGAGAAGCAUUCAGAAAGAUUGUUGAUUUCUGUUGUAGCGCCAUAUUUGCAAUGUGUAGUUUGGCUCUUUCUUCUGCGUUAUCUUGAAAUGAAGUGUGGAGGGAAGUCAGUAAGAAAAGAUCCAUUUUUCAGAACACCUAUGAAGCCCAAGUCCUGGAAACACCCGGAUGUGCCGCACGAUGAGAAUGAGGAUGAAGAUGUUACAGCAGAAAGGCUGAGGGUUAAAGAGCUGAUCACUUGUCAAAGCUGUGAAGAGAAACCAGCAGUUUUAGUCCAUUGUUUGCACAAAGAAUAUGAUGAAAAGAGUGAUUUUCUUCUCGGAAGAAAAAUAAAGAAAGUGGCAACUAAUUGUGUUUCACUUUGUGUAAAAAAAGGCGAAAUACUGGGAAUGUUAGGUCCAAAUGGAGCUGGAAAAAGUACGCUAAUAAAUAUUCUGGUGGGAGAAGUUGAACCAAAUUCGGGCCAGGUGCUGAUGGGAGACUUUUCUUCAAGUGAUAAUAAUGAAGAUGAUUCCAUGAGGUUUGUGGGGUACUGUCCACAGAUAAACCCACUUUGGCCUGAAAUCACAUUACAAGAACAUUUUGAAAUAUAUGGUGCCAUCAAAGGAAUGAGCGAAAGUGACUUGAAAGAAGUCAUAAAAUGCAUCUCCAGUGCACUUGACUUUAAGGAGCAGCUACAGAAAAAAGUAAAGAAACUUGGAGCAGGAAUCAAACGAAAGCUAUGCUUUGCCUUAAGUAUGCUGGGGAGUCCCCACAUUACUCUACUAGAUGAACCUUCUACUGGUAUGGACCCCAAAGCAAAACAGCACAUGUGGAAAGCCAUCCGAGCAGCCUUUAAAAGUAAAAAGAGAGCAGCUAUUCUGACUACUCAUUACAUGGAAGAAGCAGAAGCUGUGUGUGAUCGAGUCGCUAUAUUGGUGUCUGGAAAAUUGAGAUGCAUUGGUACAGUUCAACACCUCAAGACUAAAUUUGGCAAAGGAUAUUUCUUAGAAAUGAAAUUAAGAGAAGUUCCAGAUUUACAGAUGAAGGAACAGCUCCAGAGGGCAGUUUUGCGUAUCUUUCCCAAUGGAAGACCUCAGGAAAGUUUUGGCUCAAUUUCAUCAUACAAAAUCCCCAAGGAAGAUGUCCACUCACUUGCCCUGUCUUUUUCCAAACUUGAGGAAGCAAAACAUGCCUUUAAUAUUGAAGAGUACAGCUUUUCUCAAGCAACUCUUGAACAGGUUUUUGUGGAACUUGCCAAAGAGCAAGAAGAAGAAGACAGUUUUGGAACAUUAAAUAGCAUGCUUUGGUGGGAACGAACCCAAGGAGAAAGAGUUAUUUUCUGAUAUAUUCCAUGUUGCAGACUUCAGCUUCUACAUUCUUCAGGCAUUGAAGAAUUAAAUUGAGAUUGACAACCUUCCUUCUCCUUGGACUGUUUAUUGAUAUAUUUGCUCAGUCAAAAAGUGGUUGGAGAUUUCUGCCUUUCCUGCCAGAAGACUGAGGAUUGAUUUGGCUUUCAAGAGACUUCCCAAAUUGAAUUCAAUAGUUUUCUGAGAUGUGUGUGUGUGGAGAGGGUGGGGGGUAUCAGUGCAGCACCUAUAUUUUUUUAUUAGUUGAGCAGUAGCCAGUUUGUUUGUAGACUUGUAUUCCAGUAGACUUGCAGAAAUUAAUUUGCGUAUCAUGUGGUUUCAUUCCUGUUUAACCUAGUUUACAAUUUCUGGCAUGUUUUCACUCUCAGAGUCUACUUGUAAGGGAUUCGUGUUAUGUAUAUCAAAGUUGCACUCUUUGCUCCAUCGCUCUCAAAGGACUCAUUCCAGGCACCACCCAACCAGUUUUUUCUCACAGUUGGAAAAGAUUGUUCAAUACAAAACUUGCAGCCUUGCUACAAUGGUGGCUGCAGAUGAACAUUUUAGCCCAGGAGUUUGUACUUCUAAAGCUAGGAUUACAUUUUCUAAAACAUUGAUUGUUCAUAGCAGUUUUUCUGUCUUCUAAGCCAGUCACUUUGUAUUUUCCAUUAUCUUGAUGUUCCCUCAUUCUAAGCAUUCUCACUUUCACAGCAGGAGGGAAAUAACAAUAUUUUUUCUCUUGUUCCCAAUUUUCCAGAGAAGCACCACUGUAUUUCCUAAAUGUUACACAAGCACUGAAAAUUAUCUUUUGCUUUCCUCGGCUCUUCAAAUAUCUUCUUUUCUGUUCAUUAAGAUGAGGACAAGAGAUUGGUUAGUCCUGCUUCAAAAACCUCAUUUGAAUAGUAGCACAAAACAUACUUUUCAAAGAAUUGGUAGCCCUUGCCCUCAUCUUUCAUAUUCAGUUUUACUUGUAUCCCUCUGAUUUCAUGAAUUACUUUUAUGUAAAUGUCAAAAUUGUUCUGAUUUUAAAACAUUCAGUUUCUGUACAAAAUCCUAAUAGAAUAAUAUAUUAGACUCACAGAUCUAUCAGUGGUAAAGUACUAUAGUAUUGUUGCUGCUAUUAUGUUAAAGUGCCUUGCUGGAACUUCGUUGCUUGUAAUAAAUCAUUCUAAAAUGUC